UAAUGAAUGUAACCGAAGAAGUUACAACUCAUAGACCCAACGUCUUUCUAGUGCCUUCAUCAGGGUUGAUCUAAACGCUGCAACAAGAAACUUUCCACGGCAAACAGGAAAGACAAGAUGUGCUUACUAAGCGCCCAAGAAAUCAACAUUUUACGUACGAGACCCUCUGAACAACAAUGGCUAAAAGCAGCUAUUAGGGAUUAUCAGGUUAAUAACUUGCCAAGAAGCGUGACAGUCAUAGCAAGUAAUUAACUUGUUAAAUCGUGUUGUUUAUUAACAAGGUCAGAGUACUUCUAUUUCAUUUCGCGUAAGCUUCCAUCCUCGUGUACAUUUUCGCGGUGCCAUUACUUUAGCGCGACCAAAUUGUGAUCCCAAAUUGCCUCACGAGAAAACGUACCGAAACAUCUAUCGUAGUUCCAUGGAUAAUUACUUCAUGUUUGAAUCCAGCGGCCACAAAAUCUCGAUAUAAACAAGGGAGUUCGUGUUGGGGGCAUCAGCGAAUCGAGAUGGGAGUGAAAGGAUUGUGGGAAUUAAUAAAACCGGCAGGAAAGCCUGUUACGAUAGAGACCCUUCAGAACAAGACUAUCGGAGUUGAUGUUAGUUUGCUGCUGAAUCAGUCUGUUAAGGGAAUGCGGGGCAGGCAUGGUAAUCCUUUGGCCACAGCACACCUGGCAGGAUUGUUUUCCUCAACCUGCAAGCUGCUGUCUCAUAGAAUAAAACCAAUAUUUGUAUUUGAUGGUGCAGCCCCAGAACUCAAGGAUAAGACUCUGGCUGCAAGAAGAGAUCAAAGGUUUAAGGCUGUGCAUAAGUCUAAGAGUGCUGCAGAGAAAAUGUUGAAAAAUAAAUUGCGUUGUGAAGAUAUCAAAAAAGUCAUUAAACAAGAAAGCACAAGUACAGUUCUGGCCAGUGUAAACCUGAUAAAACAGGAUGCAUUUGAACCAAAACAUACUCCACUGCCUUCAGAUACCCUGGUAUCGUGUAUUAAGAGGUCAUUGCGAGGCAAGGUAAAGGCAAAUACGAGUACUUCCUCUCAGUUGUUUUCAAAUAGUCACACUGUCGUGCCAGCUUUGGAGAAACAUGAUUCUUUGGAAGUAUUGAAAAUUGGAAUCGAUUGUCCUGUGGAACCUAAGCAAGAGAUGGAUGGUAUACGGGCAGAACAGAAGUCUCUUGCAGCAGAACUUGCCAGGCAGAAUCGCCGGGCAGCUACAGUGACCCCUGGGAUGUACAUCGAUUGUCAGUUGAUAGAUUGUGGAAAGACUUGCUUGUGCAGUGGCUCUGUUCUUCAUUAG